AGAAGAAGAAAAUUUAGAAGUGAACUCUUUGUGAUGUAACAAUUUAUUUUUUGUGUACUUUGCAACUUAAAAUGAACACUUGGAAAACAAAAUAAUGCAUUGAAUAUUAAAGUUAUGUCCGUGUUACUGUGUUGUUAAAUGUAAUAUUCAUCAUUCACCUUUGGGGAUAGUGUAUUAGUAGCAAAAAAGAGCGAGAGCGAGGGAAAGAAUUCUUGAUUCAUAACCGCUAAUAAUUGUUUAUAAAUGUUCGUUCCUCUUUCUCGGGUGGUUGUAAAACAAUCAAAAUAAAUAAUAUUAUUUAUAAAAUCGUGACGAUCUCCUGACAACUUUACUACCACCAUCAUCAUUAUCAUCAUUUUCAUCAUCAUCUGUCUAUUGUUGUUUAUGUCAACAUUUGAAUCUUCUUACGCUAAAUAUAUAACUUUUCCCUAUAAUCGUCGAUAAAAAUCAAAAACUGUUGCGUUUUGAAAACUGCUUUAAAAAAAUAAUGAAAAACAGAACGAAAUCAUUGUCAACAAGUAGUAGUCCUACAAUAAAAACAUCGUCAUGCGACAGUUCCAAACAUUAUCCAUCAAUCAGUGCGGCUUACUGGUUACCAGCACCAAAUCCAACACCUUAUUUAUUGCCAGAACGAAAGUUGUUCGUCGGAAUGUUGAACAAGAAGUACAAUGAAAAUGAUGUAAGGCAAAUGUUCUCAAGUCACGGGACAAUCGAAGAAUGUACAGUUCUUCGUGAUCCGUCGGGUCAAAGUAAAGGCUGCGCUUUUGUGACAUUCUCAACCAAACAAUCUGCCAUUGGUGCUAUUAAGGCUCUUCAUCAAAGUCAAACUAUGGAAGGAUGUUCAGCUCCGUUGGUGGUUAAAUUUGCAGAUACACAAAAAGAAAAAGACGCCAAACGAAUUCAGUCACUUCAAUCAAACCUGUGGAAUUUCGCUGCCGGUCUUAACAGUCCUAUAGCACCAUCACCAGUUCCUGUCGCUUCACCAAUUCAUUCAAAUCCGCCAACUCACUCUAGUCCUUAUUUAGCAUCAGAUGCAUUACCAGCAACAUCGCUACAACUUCUUCAACAAAUACAAGCAUUUGGAUUGCAACAACAAUUGUUGCAUGGACUUGGAGCUCAAACAGAACCACAAACACAACAAACCACAACAGCCGCUAAUUUGUCAGCUGCAGCUGCAGCAGGUUUGCUUGGUCCAAUAUCUGUACAAAAUCUUCUCACACUGGCUGCGAUGACGCAACCAACACUAACAGGCACAACGGCUAGUCAACAAUCACCAUUGCAUAAUGGAACUGCUGCUGCAAGUUUAUGGCCGGGAGCUGAUGCAUUGACUUCACAAUUGGCUGCAACGCCGACAACACCUUCAACAGCUGCAACAUUACCACAAUUUGCUUCACCUUUCACUACGUCGCCUCUUGCCAAUCCAGCAUUGGCACAAGCAGUCGCUCAAGCAGCUGGAAAGCAAGUGGAAGGACCUGAAGGCUGUAACUUGUUCAUUUAUCAUCUGCCACAAGAAUUCACUGACACAGAUUUGGCUUCAACGUUUAUGCCAUUCGGUCAUGUUGUGUCUGCAAAAGUCUUCAUUGAUAAACAAACGAACUUAAGUAAAUGUUUUGGUUUUGUGUCAUUCGAUAACAGCUCAUCAGCUCAGGCUGCGAUUCAGGCGAUGCACGGUUUUCAGAUCGGCACAAAACGCUUAAAAGUGCAACUGAAACGAUCCAAAGAUGCCUCAAAGCCAUAUUAGAUAAUGAAUCAUUUAUCUUCUUUCAUAUUAUUUUCCUUUUUUCUCUGUUUUCGUUGAAUAUCUAUCGAGUCUAUCUGUGAGACGAACGUGAGAAAACACUUGCUGCUCAGAAUAGUUUUGAACUUUUUUUAUUUACUUUUAUCAUUCUUCUUAUUUGUAAAAUUAUUAACGGCGAGCACUUUAACUUUCUUAAUUAUUACAACUAUCGUGAAUUUACUAAAUAUCUAUAUUAAUCUAUGUUUUCGUUUCUCUUUUUUGACAUUACGUUUCUUAAUAUUAAUUCUUCUUUUCGUAACUUUUAUGUUUCAAAUCUCGUCAUUUUGCAUCCGAUUAGAUUAAUUGAUGAGUAAAUAUAUGUGUUGAAUAGAUUAAUUAACGAAUAACACAUUCACAUUGAUUAAAUAUGCGAAAAGAAAAGAAGAAUAAGAAAAUUAACUUGAAAUCCUCGUUUUUGUGAAUUAUUUUUGACUGUUCUCAUUUUUUCCUUUCUUAUUUUUAUUCGUUGUUUUGAGAAUUAGAAUUAAUAACAUGAGUUGAGAUGCCGGUAAAAGUAAUAUGCAUAUACGAAGAACUCGAUUAUGAUUAGAAUGAGCAGCAGAUUUUUGAAUUAGAGACUAAAACGGAUGUUGAUAAGAUUCGCAUCGCUGUGAGCUUAAGAAGAUUUCUUUCCUUGUUUCGCAAAUUUGAAUUACGUUCGUUUGAUUUUUCGUGAACUUUUUAAAUAUCUAUCAUAGCGCGCGAUUUAUUCCCAUCCGUUCUUAAUUAGAAUUUUAGACCUUAGGUAAUUUAAGACUUUAUAUAAAGAACAGAAUUCUAUUUAAAAGAAAAACCAAAAAAAAAAGAAGUCGAAGAAAAAAAAAUAUAUUCAGGAAAAAGCCAAAACAAAUCCAUAAUGGGAUCGAAUUACUUUGAAGAUUAAAUUCUGUCAUUCUUUUCCAACAUUGAUCAUCCGCAAUAAAUAAUUUUGUAAUUCAAUUAUUUUAUUACAUCAUAAUAAGAAAGGAUUAAUUCAAAAGGCCAGUUUCAUAGAAGAUGAAAAUAAUUUGUUUUAAUAAUAACAAAUCAAAUGUAUCAAUUAAUGGAAUUUCAAUUUUUAUGUUGCUUUUAGUGAUUAGCUUCACAUCGUGGAUUUUGCAUAUAAAAAAACAAGAAGAAAAGAUGAUAAAAUCACAUGUCGUAAACACAUACACACUCUGAAACUGAUACCAAAAUUUGAUAUGAAAUAUUUUUUGAUGUGUCAUAAAAAAGGAAUUUGUUGAAAUAAAAAUUUUGAUUGUCAAUGUGUUACACAAGCUAAUUGUCUUCUUUUUCCAGUAUAUAUAAAUAGGAAGUUGAAACGUUCUAUUUUGAAUAAAGAA